AUGAAUCCUUGGGUACUCAUUCUUUUUGUGGGCAGCACGUCCGGCUCAUUUUGCGGCAAAAGUGGUGUGCCCUUCAGCGUCGAAGUGCUGCCUUCAGGUGCUCCUGUGCUAGGAUGUGCGCAGCCGUCAUGUCUUGCUCAACCAGCCGAUGAUGUUGAUGACAGCGUGUUCAACACCGACGCGUCUGGUCAAAUUGAUGGCUUCUUCCGUGAGGGCGACAAUUCGCAUCAGGGUUACCUUCAAACAAACAAGCUGAGAGCGAACUGCUCGGAUGAGUUCGAUCAGCUGGCGUGCUCUCGAAAAAAUCAGUGGGUUGGAGGAAUCGAGUACAUAGACCACCCACGUCAGCCACUACUUCUGCAGUGCUGCACAUUCGAAGGCUUACGAUUUUCUCAAAUAGUAGGUGUAACACCUAUAGGACCCGGCGAGGCAGUGACAGGAGGAGAAGUGGUCCGUGAUGGUCGUCAGAUUUCAUUCGACGUCAUCGCUAACAUCCGGAAAGUAGUCAACACCGAAGAUCCAAGGAUAGUCUCUUACGAAGUUGCUGUAAGAAGAAUGAACUGCCUUCCAGAUCCUCCAGAAAUUGAGAUACCAGUCGAAGAUGAUGUUGAAUUUGAGUUAAUUCAAAUACUGGAAAACGCUAACAACGGAUCCAUAUCUCUUGGUCAUCUUGGACACGCUCAUACGGAGCAAGAGAAAAUCUGGCCGCAGGAAUUUGGAUCAAGAAAAAGACAGCGAAAAGAGCGAAGGAGAAUCGGACAUGUCCAACAUCUCGAUCGGCCAGGCAGCUUCGGCGCUCCCAUAUUCCAUCCAACGAUGGAUACGAAGCAGCGACAGCAUUACUCCGAUAAAGAGGAUCGUUCAGAUCAAGAGGUCAAACCGGUAAUGCUUCAAGCCGACACCGUUACCACGACAACGACUGCACCGCUUUUUACAUUCCCAACAUUUCCCCCCUACACUUUCCCUACAAUCCUUCCAUCCCCUCACCUCUUACUGUUUGAUAGCCACAACUCCGUUUCCACUCCCAGAAUGGUGAACAAUGCCUCUAUGUCUUCGCAUGCCUUUGGAAUUACACAGCCGAGUCACUCUGCACUAUCAUCUUCAACUGUGAAUGAUCAAACGCAUGCUUUUGCUCCGAUGUCGGCAUUCAUGCAGCUGCCACACCUUCAUCAGUUGCCACGACCUCAGCUAGUCUCGAAUGAUAUUGGUAUGCAGGAGCAAAAUGGAACCAUGGCGAGUCCAUUCCAUUUAUUCGCUGCUCAGCAGGCACACCAUGUGGAGUCACAGUCUGCAGAUCAUCCGCGUAUGGCACUGCCGCUCUAUCAGCCUUUUGAGCCAACACGAACACCUGUAAAGCACAACGACUAUGCUUCCCUUCUAGAACAACAAAUCCUUAAUCCCUUUUCCUAUUCACCCAACGCACAGACCACACCAACUCACGCUGGAAGGCAGAAGAAAGAUAAAUCACCAAUACGUGGUGAGGAAAGAACCGACCUGAUAGAACCGUCAUUACCACCGACUCAACAACAACUAGGAGCGCUAUUCCGUCCUCCACCGUUCCCAGCCCUUACUUCAGCGCUACAAAAUUUUCAAGCACAGGGAUAAGACGGGAAUCCCUAACUACAUAGAAGGUUGCAAUCACCAUAUCGCAAUACUGGUUAAGGUGUAUACUAAUGUGUGGUCACACUGUCGCCAACUUCACACCGCAAACAAAAGGUCACAUUGUGCAUUAUAUUGCUUGAUGAAGGUUGUCUUUAUCUCGGAUUUUCUGUGGUUAUUAAGACCGAAAUGCAUUUAUUUUUUGUUCUUUUAUGUUUAUUUGUUGUUGCCGCACUUGAAGAAACGUCGUGCACGCUUCUAUG